AUGAGGAGCUAUUUUAAUGGUUGGAGCUUUUAUAAAGGGGAUAUUAAUGAUGGUAGAAUUCUAUUGGUGUGGAAAAGUAAUAUGCUGGUUGUGGAUAUAAUUCAAGAGAGUGACCAAUUUAUGCAUACUCUUAUUGAAGAGGUCAGAUCUAAUAGGAAGUACUGUAUUACUUUUGUUGAUGGCAGAAAUACUAUUCAAGAAAGAUGCCAGUUAUGGAGGGAUUUAUCGAGUCUUCAGUUCCCUACUACUGCCUGGCUUCUGACAGGGGAUUUCAAUUCAGUGUUUAAUGGUGAUGAUAGGCUUGGGGGUCGUCCAGUGAUGACAGCAGAAUUGAUUGAUGCUCAAGGUUGGAAAGCUUUAGGUUUGGCGGAUGAUCUUAGGUCUAUUGGCUCACACUAUACUUGGACUAAUAACCAAGAUGGUAGAGCUAGAAUUUACUCUAAAAUAGACCACAUUUUUAAGAAUGAAGAGUGGAUUGAUCUAUUCCCUGAGUCGGCUGCUGUAAUAAGGUGGGACAUUUUUUCGGAUCACUGUUACUGUCUCAUUAAGGCUGUUCAGGAAGUGGUUUCGGGUUUUAGGCCUUUUAAAUUUUUUAACAUGUGGAUUGAACAUGCUAAUUUCAAGAGGACUGUUUUGGAGAGUUGGUACAAACCAGUUCAGGUUUUUGGUCUUGAAAGAGUGGUGGUGCAACUUAAAAGGCUAUCUAGAGUUCUGAGACUGUUUAAUAAACAGCAAAUUGGAGAUGUUGAACGAAAUUUUCAGGUUGCUAAGGAGAGGUAUAAUCGGGCUCAAAUUCAAUGUCAGCAAGAUCCUCAUGUUGCUGGUUUUCAAAUAGAAGAACAUAUAGCUUUUACUGGCUUGGCCCAGCAGUAUAAAAUCUAUGACAGCUACCUUAGACAAAGAAGUAAAGUGAACUGGCUUAGAUUUGGUGAUGAUAACACGGCCUUUUUUCACACUUGUUUGAAGCAACGGAAGGAAAUUAAUCGUAUUACCUCCUUUGUCUCUAAAACAGGGUAG